AUGCAAAACACUCUAGCAAUAUAUGCCAUCAAGAGGUUGUUUCUUUUCAAGAUUCUUAAAUCUGAACCAGACAGAAUAAUUUGUGUUUGUAUUGAUCCACUGUGUGCGUGGAGGUAUGAGAAACAGGCGUCUGCAAAAGUGAUAGCUGAGGUUCUUAAAGCAAAGUAUGCUAAUGGAUUGCCUGGACCACGCGCCGUUGAUAUACCAGCCAUAGUGCUGGAAGAGCUUAAGGUGUCAGUAACCUAUAUGAAGGCAUGGUAUGCAAGGGAAGCUGCUAUUAUCAAAACCCGGGGUAGUGAUGAGUGUGGGUACAAGCUGCUUGCAGUUUACAUGCAUUUGUUGAAAACUGGUAAUCCUGGGACUAUAUACAAGCUUGAAUUUACUGGUGGGGGCGUUAAUGCGAAGCAGUUUAAGUAUCUUUUCUUCUCGCUUGGAGCAUACAUAGCUGGAAUCAAACACAUGAGGAAGGUUUUUUUGGUUGACGGAACUAUUAUCAAGAACAAGUUCAAGGGGGUUCUCAUUGCUGCAAGUAUGCAAGAUGCCAAUUUUCAGGUCUACCCAGUUGCAUUUGCAGUAGUUGAUGCGGAAAACGAUUUGGCAUGGACUUGGUUUUUCAAGCAACUGAGUUUGAUAGUUCUAGAUGCUUCAGAUUUGGUGCUCGUUUCUGAUCGACAUAGAUCAAUUUAUGCUGGUGUUCGCAAAGUUUAUCCUCAGGCUUUCCAUGGGGCGUGUGCUGUCCACAUUGAGAGGAAUGUUAGAGCGAAGUUUCAUGGAGAAGGGCUAUCAAACCUUGUUGGUAAGGCUGCACGUGCAUUUAACGUUGGCGAUUUCGACGAGUCUUACAAUGAAAUUGCAUUACGGAACAAGAAAUGUGCUGCAUACUUGGAUGCAAUACCACGUGAGCAUUGGACGCAAGCGUUUUGUGAAGCUAAACGAUACAAUAUCAUGAGCAGUAAUAUUGCUGAAUCCCUCAAUGGGGUACUAGGGAAAAUUCUGGAACUACCAAUAGUUUCUAUGGUUGAGUCAAUAAGAACGAAACUAAUGGAGUGGUUUUGCUUAAGGCGUGAGAAGGCUAGAAGGCUUAUGGCGUUGGGGCAGACAAUAAGACCAAAUGUCAACAAGUUAAUGCUGAGACAUCAGCAGGCUUCAGCCGGUUUGGCUGUGAAAGGGGUUUCAGCCUGGAGUUUUCAAGUUAGUAAUGGCAAAAAAAUGUACUAUGUUGACUUUAUGAAGAGGACAUGUACAUGUCUUCAGUUCGAGAAGCUCCAGAUACCGUGUUGCCACGCACUAGCUGCGGGUAGAAUGAAGAAGAUUGACGUUCAGACAUUGGUUGGAGCAGUAUACAAUGUUAAACUCUUCGCCAAUGCAUAUGAAGAAUUCAUUUAUCCUGUACCUAAUCAAUGCGAUGAAGAAGGGCCAGCUGAUGUUGAGGAAACAGAAUUCAUUCCACCGACAAACAAGAAUGGCCCUGGCCGUCGUAGGAAGCGAAGGAUCCCGUCUACUGGAGAGUUUGUGGUACAAUAG